AUGAAUCGGGUGGCAGCAAUCAUGGAUCAGCUCAAGCAACCAGACAAGAAUCGCAACACCUUCUCACCCGAUCCGACCAGAAGAUCUUCGCCAGGCCUUUUGAGACAGACUCAUCACGAACUGGUCCGCCUGUACGAACAACACGGCCCGGCCCUUGUCAGCUACUGGAAGAGACUUGAACAGCUUGAUCGAGAUGCGUUGAUGAAGAACGGCUCAACAUGUUUCAUCCUUAGAAACGCUGACUCACCUUGCACGGUUUUUUCUCACUUCCUCGGGCCUGAGUGGAACGCAGAGCAAAUCACCAAUCCAGACAGCGAUGCUUUCCUGGAUAUCCUACACCAUCGCGCUACGACAUCUCUUUCGGAACAGUUCAGGAAUGGAAUGAAUGGUGCGCCAGGCGAUUGUGACUUUGUCCGCGCGAGAUUCAACCAAUAUAUUUUCCUAGACCAAUUCGACGGCAAUUUCAUGUCCUUUCAGGACGGUGAAGAAUACGCCCGCUCCGUCGAUCUCGGCAUCUACUCUCAUGCCAUCGCCAACCUAGAAACAGAACACUCUCUAUGGGUACCCGAACCCAUUGGCGAACUUGUCGUAGCGAGACAAAUAUUCUUCGCAGAGCUUCUCCACCGGGUCAUCGUCAUUAUGCUCACAGUCUUGGCCACCGAUUGCCGACACCCAAAGUGCACAUGCUACAACAAGACGGAUGACUCUGGAGAUAGGGUUCCCAUCCUCACGCUCGCCAGCAACUCCGGCCUCCAACCCUUCAUCAACUUCAUCAAGACCGAGGAGGAUGAGGCAAUCGUUUGGUUGAAGACGGUUUCGUCACAACCUGAUGUCCUCGAGAUGGAGGCUGUGAACUAG